AUGUCUUUGCCUGCUACUUCCCCUUCACGGUUCUGGACUGACUCUGCAUUUACUCCAAAUGCAGAAUGCUGGGAAGACUGGAAAAUUAGUUUUUCAGCUUAUAUUUCUGUGCUACCAGUUCUCAAUCCAUCCAUGACGCUGAAGACGGAGCAUACUUUAAAGCCUUUGCGCUUGCACUUCGGUUCAGAGGGUCGACGUAUAUUUGAUGCUCUAAACUUGCGGAAGAAACCCACGUUGACAAAGGCCUUAUCGACCCUCGAUAAACAUUGGGAUAUUCGAGUGAACACCUAUAAUUCUCGGUACCAUUUUUCGCAGUUGAACCAAGCAUCUGGUGAAUCAGUGGAUGCAUUCAUUUCCCGUCUUGUUUGUGCUCUUCGAAAGUGUGACUACAAUAGUAUUCCCAAGAAAAAAGUGGAAGAAACCAUUGCACUACAAAAAUGGAUUUCUGGUCUCACGGAUUCACGGACCAGAGAGAGUCUCUUAAUGGAGAACGAAAUAAAGCUCACAUGGGACAGGGCCUGUGACGUGGCUCGAGCGAACGUCGCAGUCACGGAGCAAAACAAAAUUUUCCUCGCUAACACAGGAGCUACUGAAAUCGACCGCUUGAAUUCUACACGCUCUCUGACGCGAUCCUCAGUUAGAAAUAAAUGUUACCGUUGUGGAAAUGCUGAACAUCGUGCAAAUGAUGUCCUGCAACGAGUGAACUAUGCCGGAAUUGCGUUAAGCCCGGUCAUUUCGCUCGGGUUUGUCGUUCACGCGCCAUUUCGUCAGUUGAUUCUGCAAAUAACUCCAGAGCUUCUCCGGUCACCACUGAACAAUCUAUAUAUGUCGUUAAUGAAUGCGAACAUCCACUUUCGUCUCCAACUUAAGAACCCAAACUGUCUUCGCCAGCUAUUCGUCGUGCUUUUUGAAGUUAGAAACAAAACCAUUCGUCUAGACAUGGAACUAUAUUCCGUGUCACCAACCACAGUUGUGUCAUAUUGUUUUUACAAACAGCAUUUUGGUCAGUUAACUGUACAUCCUUCCGCUUACACUUUCAGCAGCUACUCAAAUGGUGAUGUCCGCGUAGUCGGUUUUGUUACGGUUUCAAUGUUUCUUAUAAACAGCAGGAAGCGUAUAGUUGAAGUUUACUUCUCUAAAACUGAUAGUAAAGCUCUACUGGGACGUAAUGCCAUGGUCUUAUUGAGCGUAUCACCAUUCUUCAGCCAGAUGAUCAUUGCCAGCGUCAACCUUCAUUCGUUACUUACCAGUUACCCAAAGCACCUUCUUCCGGAUAUUGGUAGAGUCUCAAAGGCAAUGCAUCGCAUUCAGUUGAGUGCGGAUUACAAACCUUUCAGCAUUUCUCAAGCUAGGGCUAUACACUUGGUCAAGCGUAAAGCGUUCUCGCAAGUUUUGAAAAAUAUGAUCAAGGAAGACUUGAUAGAACCGAUACAGUGUUUUAAAUCGGUUCAUCCACUUGCUGCCGUUCAAAAGAAAAAUGGCUCGAGUCGUUUAUGCGCGGAGCUUCGAGCGUUUAAUCGACAUAUACUUGUGGACAAGUUCCCUCUGCAUUCUCUCGAAGAGGUAAUGAUUAGGUUUAAAACGCCAAAGUUUUCUCAAAAUCUAAAAGGAUGUAUUGUGUAUAUGGAUGAUAUUUGUGUCUUUGUCAGUAACCCUACCGAACAUCAGGAAAACCUCCGUAAUGUGCUGCAUAGAUUGAAUGAACUAAAUCUCCGCCUGAAUACCAACACAUGCCAAAUCGCGGUAACGGAGGUCGAGUUUAUUGGACAUGUUAUUCCUACCUCGGGUAUUAAGCCUAAUGUGCAGAACACCAGAGCCAUCCUCGAUUGUCCAAAACCAUGCAGCAUUACACUGAUGAAACAGUUCUUGGGUUUGUGCUCUUAUUACCUUCGACAUUUACCGAAUUUUGCGAUUAUUGCCGAGCCGUUAAGGAGGUUGACGCGCCAAAACCAGAUGUUUCGUUGGGCCACUGAACAAGACAAUGCUUACUUGACCAUACGAGUGAUGAUUGAAUGCACUUCCACCGUAGCGAUCUUCAAUGAGCACUGUCCAACGUUUGUUUCAACGGAUGCUUCAGAUGUUGGCUUGGGUGAAGUUCUAUCCCAGCUGCACGAUGGCGAGGAGAAAGUGAUUGAGUACGCAUCACGUACCUUGUCUGACACUGAAAGAAAUUAUUCCACCGGCGAGAAAGAGGCCCUCGCAUGCCUUCGGGCAUGUGGGAAAUGGCAGUUUUAUUUAUUGGGAUAUCGAUUCACGUUGCACACCGAUCGUUCCGCUCUUAAAACGUUACUAAUUCGCGGUAACAAAAGUCAAAAGCCGGUACGAUUGAUUCGCUGGUACUCGUAUUUAUUGAACUAUGAUUAUGAAAUAAAGUUCGACGGACAGCCAUAUCGACAGGAUGAUGUCGUGGCUAUGGAGGGUCCUCUUGGCCCUCUGCUGGCGGACAUAUUCAUGGCGAUGGUCGGGUCAGACUGUGAGCCAGACCUAAGACAAAUGUGCCUUUACAAGAGGCAUGUGGACGACUCAUUGGUGAUCGCACCAGCCUUAGAGGCGGCUCGGUCCCUUCUCAAAGUUACGAACGCUACACACCCAAAUGCCCGCUUCACUGAGAAGUUGAGGAUGAUAACCGCCUGCCUUUUCUAG